UACAACGUGGCAAAACUACCAGUGACAUAAAAUGCAGAACCGAGAGCAACAUCGAAAUCGUAAACAAGUGUUCAACCUGACGCCUGUAGGGUUCACUUAAACAUCAAAUCCUCAUUUCCAGUCAUCCGCCUACUCUCUUUGUUUGGUAAGGAUGACGGUAGACUGCUGCAGGUGAGGGGGGGGGGGGAGUGACAUGUCCUAGGUCCUGGGUGGAGAACCUGAGCAGGUAAACGCACUCCUCAUCAAAGACAUACGACAUUUUUAAAUCGACCUGCGGCGAGUAGCACUCAUUAACUACUGAAUACUUCACACGGAUCUCUGAUAUUUCUGUCGGUGACGGAGACAGAAGAGCCAUUCCACCAUGGAAAUGCAGACAGAAAAGCACAGGCCCAUCAACGGCCAGUUGAUUUUGGUGCCUCACAAGGACACAAUUCGUCUGCUGGAGGUUUACGUCAAGCGCAGUCUCAGCCUAAACGAUGGGGGGCUGGAGGAGAAGCGGGCUGGGAGGAAAGAAAAGUGGGUGACAAAAAGGCCAAGACGACAUUCCAGCGACCCUUCCCUUCAUCUGUCCGAUGGAUUAAACGACAAGGACAUUGGUGCGUUUUCUGUGGUCGAACCUCUUGCAGAUGAGCCCAAAACGCUUCCCGAAGAAUCAGAGAAACAACCUAAAAAAUCAAAGAAAAAACCUUCGUUCUGGAAAAACAUACUUGGGUUUUUCUCUCGGAAGAGUAAUGAGGACAAGGACAAGGAUGAGGACCAGGACGGUCCCACGGAGACGCCCAAGGAGUCCACAGCAGAAGUGGUCUCUGAUCCUGUCACCACCUGCCUACCUACAACUCCAGCUACUUCACAAAAGCGGAAGUCAAUGAGAAGAAAGUCUUUAAAAAGAAGGUUCUCCAGAAAGCGGCUGUCUCUGAUAAAACUAAACAAACCUACUGACAUUACUGAAAUUGAAGCCGUUGUCAGCGUGGAACCAACAUAUUCUUACUAUGAGAAGGUGACAGAGGAACUGGAGAAAAUUGUCCAUGAAGUCAAAGAAAAAGAGGAAGUUCUACGUCUCUCAGAUGAGGAAGUAAUCGAUAGGAUCAUUGCUUUGACAAAGGAGGAGGGUGAUGCCAUAGAUGACAAGCUGAGAGACAACCCUACCCUGAGCAACUUUUUCCAGCGGAUGACAUACUCUUCUUUCCAGAAGCUGGCUGAUGCUUAUCUAGAGAAAGAAGCGACACCGGUCCACAAUCCUCCCACCAUACUACCGACAGCACCUGAGCUGGUCAAGCUGGCCUUUACACUCGACUUUACAGCCAGGAUAGCUGGGCUCUCCAGACAGAAUAUAGGUCACAUUACAGGCCUGGGAAACCGUUAUCUACAGGACCGAUUUGAAUACAAACAGGCAUGUACAGAUCACCCAUGGUCUGACAGCGAUGACUGAAAGGCAGCAAUGCAAGAAAGAAACUGCUGCAAGUGAAACAGUCUGAUCUGGUUAAAAAUGUGUGGCAAGCAGCAGUUCCCUUUACGCAGAAGUGCUACCCAACACAACUUUUAAAGACUAUUUGCAAUCACAAAUUGCUGCCAUUUUUAUUUUUAAUCUGAAACUGUUUUACAUUGGAAUACUUGUGAAAUUGCAUUGCGUUAAGGUGAUGUAUUGACUGACGCUCUGCAUAUAGAGGAUCAACAUACAAAGUAAGCUGGUUCUACUAAUGAUGCUAAGAAUACGAUGCUCUUUUGACAAAUCCAGCAUUGAAUAAGAUACUUGCUCAUUGAUUUGUAAUAACACGAAAGAACACUGCAAUAACCUUUGAUAUAUAUAAGCUAGACAACUGUGCAAUUAUUUUUUUAAUUAAAAUUAUUAUUAUUUUUACAUUUUUAGGAUUUAAAAUUGAGUAAAACACAUUAAAUAGAAGCUUAACUGAAAUGUGAAAUGAUUGUUAAUUUUAGUUGAUAUGAGUGCUGGCAUUCAUAUUACAUACACAAAUAAAAAAUAUUUAAAUUAA